GAAGCACAGUUUUAAAGGCAGAAGGUGCAGAAGAGUGCAGUUAAAACAUAGCUGGCCAGUGGCGGAAUUAGCGUCGUACAUACAUAAUACGAGAAGAUGCGACAGAAUCAGAACAAGUUCAAUCAUUCCGCGUGACGAGUCCAGUCGAAAAGACAGAAAGUACUUGUCGCAAACACGUCCGUUCGCGUGCAUCGGAAGAAAAUUAUGCAAUCUCGUUCAACACGCUCUUGUUACCGAAGGAUCAAAUGAAGGAGGCUGACUUUCCUACUCUCUCGACAUCUCGAAUCUGCAAUCGGAAUGGUUUCCCUGACGCGAAUCUCUUUUGUUACGCUUUUCUAUGCUUUUUCAGCAAUUUUGAUGCACACGGCAGGCUCGCGGGUGAUCGAGCUGAGUGAUAGAUUUCUGGAUAUACACAAAGAUGGACAAUGGCUGGUCAUGAUGUAUGCGCCAUGGUGUGCGCAUUGUAAAAGAUUGGAACCGAUUUGGUCUCAUGUUGCUCAGCAUUUGCAUGCAACAUCAAUACGAGUGGGACGUGUGGAUUGUACUAGAUUUACCAGCGUGGCAACUUCAUUCAAAAUUAAAGGAUUUCCCACCAUUCUAUUUUUAAAAGGUGAUCAAGAGUAUGUAUAUCACGGUGAUAGAACUAGAGAGGAAAUAGUCAAAUUCGCUUUAAGACUAAGCGGUCCUCCUGUGCAAGAGGUAACGAGACCUCAAAGCUUUGACACUAUAAAGAGAGAACGCGAUCUCUAUUUCUUAUACGUGGGCAGUAGAUCUGGAGUCCUAUGGGAACUUUAUCACAAGACUGCAAAUAUAUUUCAACCGCAUGCAUUCUUCUAUCAAUCUCAUCCGAGCGUUGUAAAUAAACACGCACCUGUGGAAAAUGUUCCGGCAUUAUUCGUGUACAAAGAAAGUUCGCAUUACAAUUUCACUGGACACAAUUUAAGUGAUAUAGAGAAAAUGAACGAGACGCUUUAUAAGUGGGUGAACGCGGAACGUUUCCCGACGUUUCCGAAAGUGACUAGAGGAAACAUAAAUCAAUUAUUCUUAACGAAUAAGAAUCUCGUUUUAGCGGUAGUGGAAGAAAAUCAGUUAGAAGAGGUUGCGCCCGACAUGCUGGAGUUCAAGGACAUGGUCGAGUCUGUGAUUAAAAGCAAACGGGAGAAAUACCACGACCAUUUUCAGUUCGGUUGGAUAGCUAGUCCCGAUCUAGUCAAUAGCAUAGCAAUGAUGGUACUACCUUUACCGAGCUUAAUUGUGAUAAAUACAACUACUAGUCACCAUCAUAUUCCCGAGGAUGAAACAGAGAAACUGACUCCGUACGUGAUAGAAUUGUUCCUAGAGCAGAUUCGCAAUGAAAGUGCUCCGCGAUACGGUGGAAACAAUUGGCUAGUGCGUAGUUAUAGAACUUGGUUUGAAUUGAAAACCACUCUGGCUUCAAUGUGGAAGGGCAAUCCUAUCUUAAUGACUGUAUUGGUCGGAUUACCAGUUGGAUUCUUAUCGUUAAUAUGUUAUGGCAUUUGUUGUCCAGAUAUCUUAGAUGCAAAUGAUGAAGAAGAUGAAAAUGCUGGAACGAGUCAUAUGAAGAAUGAUUGAAAAUAAUUAUGGAUGUAGAUUACGUGGAGAAUUUCGAGAUAAAAAUUUUUUAUCAUAUAUAGCAUACAUGAACAAUUUUGAUUAUAUAAUAUGUUCUUAAGAAAAAUUUGCCAAAGCAGUUUUUUAAAACUCUGAGUAUUUUUAUACAGUAUUGUAUAUCGCUAACACAUUCCAUACAUUUUUAUUUCUGAUAAACCUUUUUUAUGUAUGUAUUAAUUUCUUUUAUGAUUAUGUUGUAAAAAAAUGACGCGUAUUCCAUGAGACAAUACAACCGAGUUAAAUAUGUACACACUCGGAAAAAUUUGUCUUUUAACACAGCUUUAAAAAAAGAGUGUAAGAUAUAUCAAAAAUUUGUAUAUUAGAUACGAUUGUUCACAUAAUAUGUGAAAGAUCGAAUUAAGCAUCAAACAUUGUUUUUUUAUAUAUAUAUGGACAAAUAAUGAUAAUAUAUUUAGAAUUGUGUAAGUUAUAUACAUGUAUAUGUGAAAUUGUUGUUUGUUGUAUUGUGUAGACUGCAAGUGUGAUUGUGCGGUUUCUGUUUGAGAAGGAAAAAUAAUCUCUUGCGUGUGUUAGACAUUUGCUGAAUGUAUAUUUAUAUGUAUCAAAUAAAAAAAAA